AUGCCCUGGCAGUUGUAUUCUGCCGCGGUGCUGCUGCUCUCUCUUUGCAUGCUGUUGAUAUGCUGCGGCAACAGUGGCGCUGCAGCCGCUAAUCAGGAGGACGUCAUGGAUCCGUUUGCAGGGACGACGGAUAUUUCUGGUGCUGCAUGGGAAGGCGUUGGGGUCGCUGCUCAAUCGGUCACUUCCCUCCGCGUCCCCAGCCUUGUUGCGGUGGGGGAGGAUGUUUUUGCCGUUGCCGAGGCUCACUGCAGGAAGCAGGACGAGGGGGCCGGCUGCGUAACUGGGAUUGCGUCGAAGCACCUCAAGAAAAUCACGGAGGGCGCAAUGGACAUCUCGGCGGCGGACACAAGUCUCGUUUACACGCAACUUGUGGAGGGAAGUGACGCGGCCGAGAAGAAGGCAACGGAGAUCAUGCGGCCAACAACACUUGUGCGGGGCGCCGAUGUCUACAUGCUGCUGGGCAGACGUACUCGUACAGAGCCUGAGGAGCAGGUUGCCGGCAAAACUGGCUGGAAUCUUGUGCUGGUGAAGGGAAGUGUCAGUGGAAGCGGCGACGAUAAGAAAAUCACAAUGGAGUGA